UAGAAAGGGCCAAUGGGAUCUGACCAGCCCCCAGGCAGGCACAGAGGGGUUCUUCUUAUUUGUUCCUGACUGAGGGAUGAUGACCAGAUUCCAAAAGGCCUCACGGCUCCUGCUGGCCAUUCUGGUAGCCUUGGUGACCAUCACCUACCAAACAAGGAAGAAAACCUUUAUAAGUGUCCGAGAAAUUUCUAUGUCAGAACCAUAUGUGUUCUCCACCAUGCAGUUCGUGACCAGCCAGUUCAACAAGGAAAGUGAUGACAAGUACAACUUCCGGAUUGUGCGGGUCUUGAAGAUCCUGAGGAAGGUUACUGAUCACCUGGAGUAUCACAUGAACUUGGAGAUGCGGCGGACCACCUGUCAAAGGCUGGAGGCUAUUAACUGUACCUUUCAGAAAGGGGAGCUUUAUAAGCAACUCAACUGCCACUUCUCAGUGUAUGCUAUUCCCUGGUUUGAAAAAUACAAAAUUCUGAACAAAACCUGCAAAGAUGGCUAGGUGUCCUGCCGUGCACACCUGUGGUCGUGGUAUAAGAAAUUGUCCUGCGAUUGAACAGUCAUUCUCAAUAUAGAAAAUAAAUGUU